AUGUGGAAAAAUGGACAACUAAUAAUAACUGUUCAGAAUACAGAUGCCGUACCUCACGAUGAGUUGUCCAGCAAACGUAUUUCUAUCAGUAAAGGAUUAAAUGACAGAGAGUGUUGUCAAUUGUUGAAUUCGUACACCAAAGAUGAAAAUGCUGAUGAUCAAUUGUUGAAUGAAGUAUCGCUCGCAUUGGAUCGUCAACCGCUGGCUUUGGCUGCUGCUGAGUUUUACGAAAAAGCUCUGGAAAUUCAAAAACAAUCGUUAGGUCCAAAUCAUGUUGAUGUCGCCACGUCUUUAAACAAUCUUGGUACUGUGUUUAAUGAAACUGGAAACUACGAGAAAGCUAUAGAGUUUUACGAAAAAGCUCUGAAAAUUCGAAAACAAUCGUUAGGUCCAAAUCAUGUUGAUGUUGCUACAUCUUUAAGCAAUCUUUCUUUGGUGUUUGAUAUAACUGGAAACUACGACAAAGCUAUAGAGCUUAACAAAAAAGCACUGGAAAUACGAAAACGAUCGUUAGGCCCAAAUCAUGUUGAUGUUGCUGCGUCUUUACACAAUCUUGGUACUGUCUUUGAUGAAACUGGAAACUACGAGAAAGCUAUAGAGUUUUACGAAAAAGCUCUGGAAAUUAGAAAACAAUCGUUAGGUCCAAAUCAUGUUGAUGUCGCUGCAUCUUUAAACAAUCUUGGUGAUGUGUAUUUUAAGACUGCAAACUACAACAAAGCUAUAGAUUAUCACGAAAAAGCUCUAAAAAUUAAACAAAAAUUGUUAGGUGCAAAUCAUGUUGAUGUUGCUACAUCUUUAAACAAUCUUGGUUUGGUGUUUUAUAUAACUGGAAACUAUGACAAAGCUAGAGAGGUUCACGAAAAAGCUCUGGAAAUUCGAAAACAAUCGUUAGGUCCAAAUCAUGUUGAUGUUGCUGGGUCUUUAAACAAUCUUGGUAUGGUGUUUGUUGAAACUGGAAAUUACGACAAAGCUAUAGAGUUUUACGAAAAAGCUCUGGAAAUUAAAAAACAAUCGUUAGGUCCAAAUCAUGUUGUUGUCGCUAGGUCUUUAUACAAUCUUGGUAAGGUGUUUUAUAAAACUGGAAACUACGUCAAAGCUAUAGAGUAUCACCAAAAAGCUCUGGAAAUACGAAAACAAUCGUUAGGUCCAAAUCAUGUUGAUGUCGCUGCGUCUUUACACAAUCUUGGUAUGGUGUUACAUAAAACUGGAAAGUAUGACAAAGCUAUAGACUUGUACGAAAAAGCUCUGGAAAUUAGAAAACAAUCGUUAGGUCCAAAUCAUGUUGAUGUCGCUGCGUCUUUAAACAAUCUUGGUGUGGUGUUUUGUGACACUGGAAUCUACGACAAAGCUAUAGAGUAUCACCAAAAAGCUCUGGAAAUACGAAAACAAUCGUUAGGUCCAAAGCAUGCUGAUGUCACUGCGUCUUUGCACAAUCUUUGUUUGGUGUUGAUAAAACUGGAAAUGACGACAAAGCUGUAGAGUUCCACAAAAAAAGUGAAGGAAAUUCGCAAAAAACCGUUAGGAACUACUCAGGUUGAUGUCGCUAAGUCUUUUAGACAAUCUAGACGUGAUGUAUUAUAAAGCUUUACAGUUACGUUUUGGUAGCUAGGUGUUUCAAAGAAAAUUGUGCCUUCCAAAUUAUGUUAAGCCUAUUUUUAACUCAUAGACCGUAGGACCAAGGCUUCCACCUGCCACGUCGACUCCCCUCUCCCUCAGAAGGUAUUUUUGGUACUGAACAAAACCUUUGCAGUUUGCAUUUUAUGAGGUAAAAUGAACCUAAAGAUUUAAUGGUCCUUUCUAUAUAUAGUUUCACUGAUAUCUAGUCAAUAAACUUACCCUACAGCCAGGGAAUCAUCCUAAGUAGAAGUUAGAACUGCCCAUGCCCUGAAUCUGACAUUCUUCUUUAGACUUUAUUUCUAAAGUAAUUUGUUUUUAUGUUAUAACCAAGUAGUAACUUUUAUUGCAUGAUUCACAAACAUACUAAAGUAUAUUGGAAUGACAGAA